AUGAUCUCGAUCCCGUCGCCUCGCCUUCCCUCUCGACUCAACGGACGGCCUCAAUCCGCCAUUCCCGCCAUGCCCCCGGCAACCACUCCGGCCGCCCACUCCUCCGCGUUCUGCUCGACCGUUACGGCAUGCGCCUCGCGGUCUUCGCGGCGGGCCAAGCGGGGGGAGUUCGUGCGACGCCUUGCGGUGAUCGGCGUGGGCGCAUUCCUGCUGGUGUGGCUCGCCACGUGGUUUGGCGACGACUGGGACGCCGGCUUCGCAGAACCUGGCCACGUGGCGCCUCAGAACGAUGACAGUGACGGUGACGGGGACGGUGACGUGGCUGUACCGGGCAGCAUUCCGCAAUCCCCGCCGCGAUUCAUCCUCUACCGCAUGAUCGGCAACGAUAUCCCGCCGUUGCAGUGCGACGGGCAGCUGUACGAGAACACGCUGUACGCGUUACAGCACGAGCCGAGGCGGCUGGCGGGGUGCCGGCGCGUGUGGGUGGUGAACAACGUGGUGAACGAAACUUCGGAGCAACUGGUGGUGCGCGCACUCAAGGCGCACGGGUACGGGGACGAGGACAUCAUAGUGCGGCGAAUCAACUACAGCCACGUGGCCCAGCUUCCCGAGGACCAAUGGGGUGCAGCCGUAUCAGCGCAGAACGAGGCGCGCAACGCGAUGCUGGAGCACGGGCAGGCAUCGGGGGCGAGGUGGAUCCUGCCGUGGGACGGCAACCAGUUCCUCACCCGCGAGGCAUGGCACCGCAUCGUGGCUGCUGCUGACCGCUACGAGGCUCAGGGCCUCACCGUGUUCAAGGUGUGCGUGGGUGGGAGCAGGGGGGUGUGCGAGGAGGAGGUAGAGGUGUCUCUACAACCUGCUGGGGUGGGGUGGACGUCUCAAAACACCCCGUUCUUAUCUGUGCAUUCUGUGUCUCUUGUGCCGCUGACUGUGAACCUUGUUGUGUGGCAUCACACGUCUCCACACGUCUCCCCACAGCUCUCCACAUCUCGCCACAUCCCCUUGCAAAACCCCGCUUUUAUUCAAGCUUUCCACAUCUCCCCUUAUCUCCCCACAUCUUUCCACACGCCCCCUCUGCUCUGCUGUUCCCUCCCUGCCGCGCCCACCAAUCAACCAAUCAAUCAACCGGCCGACCAGGUGGCGAUGGUGAAGGUGCAGAGCGUGCAGCAGCCAGCAUGGCUGAACGCCUCGUCUCUCUUCCGCCACAUCCGCCCGCACGCCCCGGGGCAGUGGGAGAGCCAAGUGGCCUUCCGCAACGACUCCCCUCACCGCUUCAAGGAAGGGGUGGCGUACGGCGAUGCAAACAAGCUAGAUACGCUCAUCCGAGUGUGCGGCUCAGGGUGCUUCUGGAUCUGGCCUGAGCUCCUUAAAGCCCUGCACCUGGUGCAGCGCCCCCCUACCUGGGCCCCGUGCCGCGAGUUCUUUGCCGACACAGGGGAGUGUGGCUGCCAGGCUGUCAUUGGCAGGGAUUACCACGAGAGGAGAGUGUCUGUGCGCACGGCGCUGCAGUGCGGGUAUUCUGUGCGCCUUUGGUACCACCCAUGCCCGGGGGUGGAUAUCAAGAAGGCGUUUCGCAGCACAGCGUACAGGACAGAGUUGAGAGCGCGAGGGAGGGAGAUGUUUCAAGAGCAGAUUCGAGCGGAUAUGGCGAGGCAUGGGGUGCUGCCGGUGAUGGGGAAGGCAGACGGUGGGGAAUUAUGA